AUGCUCACAGAAACCGAUAAAGACGACGAGUACAAGGAAGUGGAGUUUGCAGUUGGGAUCACAAUGGUAGCCACCACAGCUGUUUGGCGACAAUACGAGCCAAAGGUCGACGUCUUGCAGGUCGAAUCGUCAUUGCCAGACACCAUGGUGCCCAUGGCGCCCGUACUGAAGCUUACGCCUGAAGGCGUGACCUUUCCAGCACCCAUCAUUCUGAGAAUUCCAACAUGCGCUGGAGCCAACAAAGUGUUUAGGUCCAAUGACGAUAGUGCCUGGGAAGAAAUUCGCGAGGUGAAAUUUGCUGAAGAUUCCUGCGAAGUCCAGCUCUCCCACUUCUGUCAGGUGGCCAUCACAGGAGAUCCAAGACCUCUGAAAGCGCUUGGGUUCAUCCCACAGUGA